CGUUUUCCUACCCAUUUAUAUUGUAAGUGAGAAUCCGCAUGCACAUUAAAUUAAAUACUUGUAGCAACUCACUGCAUUUACUAGUCGUAUUAUCAAGACAAGAAUGUCAGAACCAGUGACUCCAGAUAUUAGUGAACAGACCACAGAACCAGUGACUUCAGAUAAUAGUCAACAGUCCACAGAACCAGUGGCUGCAGAUAGCAGUCAACAGACCACAGAACAAAUUACUCCAGAUAGCAGUCAACAGACCACAGAACCAACCUCUCCAGGUAGCAGUCAACAGACCACAGAAGUUCCAGUGCAAGAAUCUAUUAUAACCACAGUACCAAUAACUGACAAAAAAGAACCGAGUCAAACAGAUGAACUGCCCCCUUCUAAUGUGCAUGAUGAUGCAAGCAAGGCACUGCCAGAUUCCUCCAACCAGACUAUAGUGUAUAUCCCUCCUGACAUCAAUGUUGAGCCGGCAGUGAUUGAGAAACUCACGCUCGGGACACUGGAAAUGUUCUUGCCCAAUCUGCAGAAAGCUAAAUCUUCACUGAAUGAAGUAUUGCACAAUCAAGAAGUUUUGAUAGAAACGAUUCAGCAAGAGAAUGCUAAGUUCACAGAGUCUGCAGCUAUGCAAGAACUCCGAGAUACGAUGCUGCAAGCCAAAUCUUACCACAGCAAACUUGUCAAUUUAAAGAGGGAAAUGAAUGGUUUAAUGGACAAAUCAGUAAAACUAAAGCGAAGAGCUGUAAAACUGCAGCAGCAGAAGCAGAAAGAAGAUAUGAGCAGGGUGAUGCAGCGAGAACGGGAACUGGAACGCGAGCAGCUGCUGCAGGCCAAGGUUGCCAAACCCACGCAAACUUCACCACAAGGUCAGGGUCAAGGUCACACCCAGCAGGACACACCCCCACAAGGACACACCUAGCCCAGUUAAAUGGCUUGUAGUGAUUCAUUGUAUGCUGUGAUAUAUUUGUUUUCCAUUCCAUUUUAUUCACAUUAAGGAAUAGUAUGUAUAAGAAAUUGUUUUGUGUAUGUACCAACCUGUAUUUGUAAAAUAAAAAACACUGCUCUUGCUUUAGGUAACACUCAGCAUUGUAAAGGAGCUUUGUAUGAGAGUAAUUUAUGUGAUCAUGUUUCAUGUUUGUUUCAGUUCAUUGUUUAAGUGGGUUUUUUUAAUAUCUUUGUAUGUUCCAAAAGGAGGGAAUAUUGAUAUUGCACCAUUUGUCUAUGGGUAACUGUGUGUCCAUCUGGCAAUGUUAAGCGUUAUGUUCUGGGUCAUCUUUUUCACUUACUUUAAAGGCUAUUACUUUAAAUUUCAUAAUUUCUUGGCACUAUUAGUGCAACAAUUUGCAUAUGGAACUCAAUAUCCUAUAAGUAGAUUUAUAGACCUUUAAACACUGAGAAAUUGGCCAGUCACAAGUUGUCAAUCAAUAAUAGGAAUAUAUUUGUAAAUAAAUGGAAGCACAUGUUUUCAUUAUCCAAUGGAUUAUUUGAAAAAUCUCCCCAAAUGAUCUUGACAAGUUGUAAUAAUGACUGUGGUAAAUUGUCAACUCUUUAAAUAAAUAUUGUGGUUUUUUUUAAAUGUUUUAUAUAGGUUUAAUGCUUGACUCUAUUUAUAUAUAAAAGCUGUUGCCUUCCAAUUUACACACUUUGCGCCGUGAUAUAUUUUGUUGAACAAGAUGCAUUAUUCUAUUACAGUUCUUAGCCAUCAUAAGUGGAGUGCAUAUACUAGAACUGGUAAAUAUGCAUAAACCUAGAUGCUUUGGUGCAGAUUUAAGGGACAAAUAGCUACCUGUAUCUUGGUAUCUUGGUCCGUUAGAGGACAUUUAUCACAUCCCUGUGAGACUGAGACGGUUUUCAUUAUCUCCUGUUUGUGCAAUAUACUGUAAUGCUUUAUUGCAUCAUUUUAUUGGAAUGUGUGUGAUCUGUCAAUAAUUUUAUCAUAUUAAGAAAUAAAGAUGGGUGAACUAA